AUGAUCAUGAUAAUGACGACUGUGAUGAUCAUGAUCAUGAUGACGAUGAUGACGAUUGCGAUGAUUAUGAUGAUUGAUUGUGAUUGCGAUGAUUACGACUACGAUUCUGAUUAUGGUUAUGAUGAUUACGACUAUGAUUGCGUUUACGAUGAUUAUGAUCACGAUGAUAACGAUUAUGAAAAUUAUAAUUAUAAUUACGACUACGACGAUCACGACCAUGAUCAUCACGAUUGUGACUACGAUCAUGAUGAUCAUGAUUAUGAGAAACAUGAUUAUGAUCAGGAUUACGAUCAUUAUGAUUAUAAUUAUGAAUACGAUUACGGUGAUGGUUAUGACGAUCAUGAUCAUGAUUAUGAUUAUUACGGUGAUGAUGAUUACGAUUACGAUUAUGAUGAUUACGAUCGCGAUUAUGAUUGUGGUUAUGAUUAUGAUUAUGGUUACGGCUACGAUGAUUGUGAUCAUGAUGAUUAUGAUUAA